AUGUCGCCAGUGUUGGACGAGACAGCUGGGGAUCUCCCCGUCAGGGAUGUGGGACUGAUGAGGGGGGGACUGAUGCCGACUGUCCCAGAUACUUUACGUGAUGUGAAGCCAUGGAAGAAGCAUCAUGUCAUGAGGACAAAAGCAGAUCCUCAGCGCCUGUUUCGGUUUCCCAGAGAGCACCUGGAGGACCUGUGUCUCAGACUCCAAGAAGAAAACAGUCUGCUAAGACAACACACUCGCACACAGGAGCAGAGGUUACGCAGGAUGUCCACCAGACUGAUGCGUCUCCGUCAGACCCGUCCUGGGUCCGGUGCAGUGAAGGAGAGAGAUAUGGAGGACACCAUACAGGAGCUGGAAGCCCGAGUGGCUAUGCUGGAGAGCCAGAAAGUGGUUCUGCAGAACAAACUGAGCCUGGCCAGGCAGCACGUUAUGGACCUCGGGGGACGCACACCAUAUAGGUUCAGUAAAGGUAAAAGUAUGGAAGUGGAGGGCGGAGUCAGGAGGGCAGCCCAGACUGCCCCGCCUCGCUACGGAUCCACGCUGGAAGACACCAGGGCAGAGAUGGAGAGAUUCCGGUCCAGUGUGACAGAGCAGGUGAGGGCUGCAGAGCUGGAGCUGACAGCGCAGGCGCUCAGAGACACGCUGAGAGAGAAAGAGAAAGAGAUCGAGGGAACAGUGAGAGAGAUGAGGAAGCAACAGGCUGACAGACACAGAAUAAUUAUUAAAGAGAACGUGGAUCUGAUCCGUCUACAAAAGCAGCUCACAGACAAGAGCACCGCCCUGAGAGUCACCCAGGAGAAGUUCAACAACCUGCAAGAGGCAUAUGAGAACCAGCUGGAGGAGGGUCAGAGGUCACUUAGGGAAAGCCAGGGAGCUCUGUUGGAGAAAGUGGAGGAGCUGACUGAACAGCUGAAGCAGGAGAGGCAGAAAGUGCUGGCACUGGAGGGACAACUUACCUCCACUACACUGUCUCUACAGACCUUAGACAAGCUACAGGAGCGGAUAUUGGACCUGGAAGGAGAGAGGGAUCUAAUAAAAGAAAACUAUGACACUCUGCUAGAGAGAACAUUAUCUGUACAAAGCAACCAUGAUGGCAAGGUGGAACAACAUAGGGAAGUAAACCAGAGGAGGGAGGAACAGGGAGAAAUCAUUAGCAGCAUGGACAUGCAGAGGCUGGAGGACAUGCUGCAAGCAGAGAGGGGGCAGAGAGGCAUGCUGGAGCUGGAGAUGGAGAAACUAAGACGAGAGAAGGAGAUAUUGGAGGAGCAGAGGGAGCGAGAAAGAGAGUUUUCUGUUACGGCAAGUGACAAACAAGAGCAUCUGGAACAGGAGGUUCUCCGGUACAGAGAGCAGGUUUCUGCUCUGCAGGACAGACUGGACUCUGUCACCAAGGAGUUCGACAUGAGUGUCGAGGAUCUCAGUGAAACUCUCAUACAGAUCAAGGCAUUUAGGAUGCAGCAGGAGAGCAGGGCGGGAUUACAAUUCCUCCGGGCUGAUGGGACGGUGGAGGAUUCACCCCAUGAGCUGGCAAACAUCCAGGCAUCGCAUGCUGAGACUGUCCUGGAACUACAGAAAACCAGAAACCUUUUACUACUGGAGCACCAUAUCAGUAAAGACCUGCAGGAAGAGUUGAACACAGUCAACCAGAGGAUGGGGAGAGAGCGGGAGGAGGGCAGGAGGAGGAUGGCAGAAAAAGACAAACUUUUAUCAAAAAGAGCUCUUCAGAUUAACGCUUUACAAGCUCAGUUAAAAGAGUUAGCAUACAGCCCCAGGAACUACAAACGGACCAUACCAAUCCAGUACACAUGGCCAGCUGGAGACCAGGAGGUGGUACAGCUCAUUGAGGACGACCUGUCUUUUUCUCAGCUGAAGGCUGGGGAGUCACUGUUGGAGAUCCACCUCAAGGGUGCCACCUUUACCCCAGCAGGGCUUCGUACUAUGGGUGGCAUCAGUCAUGAAGACAUCGUAACCUUCUGCACCUACAGCCUCUUGGACUUUGAGGUCCACUCCACUCCUCUGGUGUCAGGCAGCCAACCCAACUAUGGCUUCACGUCCCGCUAUGCUCUGACAGCUCGAGAUCUGGGCAGGCUGGGAGGUCAGGGGUCAAGGGUCAGAGUGGAGCUCCACCAGGCGUUAGGAGGGGUCCAGUUUGUGACGCAUGGAUGUGGGCAGAUGUCCCUCAUGGGUGCUAUGGAGAGGAGGGAAGAGCGUGUCGGUGGAAGUAUCAAUAUUACAGGGUCCGAAGGUGCACUUGUUGGUGUUGUGGAUUUUUGGGUGCGUUUGUUUAAUCCUACUGAGCCCAUAGACACUGUGCCAGAGAGAGGAGCUGACUGGAGAACGGCAACACAGAGGAGGCCUGUGCAGAUCGCUCUUGGCUGGCAAGACACUAGUCAUGAGGAGUUACAUGACUACGGUGGAGGGAUCCCUAAUGAGUUGGUGGUUAUGUUGGAGCGAUGUGUGGGACUUAAUUCUCGCUGGCCUGGACUGCUUCCUGAUGCCUACCUGACAUACAGAUUCUACGACCUGCCGCCUCACGUCUCUCAGACAAUACAGGCCACCUCUGACCCAGUGUUCAGGGAUACCACCAGCUACCCACUAGCAGUCACAGCCGAUGUCUUACACUACCUGAGGUCCAGCAGUUUGUGGGUGUAUGUGUUUGAUGACAGUGAUGAUCAGAUACCACCAGCCUAUCUGGCAAAGAGCCCCAUCCCGCUGCGAGCCCUGGCUACAGGCCGGGAGAUCAGAGGUGAUUAUGUCCUGAGGGAUCCAGCUGGUGGACCUCGGGGCAUGGUCCGGGUCUUUAUAAAAUGGAAGUACCCCUUCCAGCCAUCGGCGGACACUGCGCUGGGUAGACCUGGAAGACAGGACAGAGAAAUGGAAAGCAGUGAGAGGGAGGAGAGGAGGAGAGAGGAGGCUGAAGCUUCACAGCGGCCCAUAGCCAAGCCCAGAGUGAAGACUCAGCAACUGGAGCCGAGAGAAACCAAAGCAGUGCAAAAAGAGUCUAAAGCUUUGCCUCGGCCUCCGCCUGUUAAACAGAAAAUCUUACAUCACAAGCAACCCAUCUCUGUGAAACCACCAACCACACACAGGAAGAGAUCCACCAAGAGGCCACCUGACCUUUACCUGGGCACACCCCAUCUGACCCCCGAGCCAAGGCUGACCACGCCCUCUCAUGUGUCAACAAGAAAAUCUUCACCCACCAUGUCAUCGAGGAGAAGCUCUGUCAGCUCUGCCAGGACUCAGGACCUUCCCUCUAUGGAUCAGGUGUCAAUGGAUGAAGAGGAGGAGGAAGAGGAGAGGAGUGAGAGUGCUGCUGCAGGAGACAGUGAAACCUCAGGGUCAUCAGAGUCAAGUUCCUCACAAAGCGACAUCAUCAUCAUUCCACCAAAACGGAAAAUGAGGAAGGGAGACAAACUGAGAGUGGAGAUUCUGUCCCUAAUGUUGGAACCGUCCUCAAGUGUAGCGCUGGACAAGUCAGUGCAGCGUGUUUAUGUGGAAUACCGGCUGCUGGGCGUCCCGAUGGAGACGACAGAAACACCCAUGUCCCUCCGCAAACCCACAAAGGGAGAGGAGAUUCACUACAACUUUACACGAGUGAUCUAUGUGGAUGGUUCACAGUCGGCUCCACUGAGACACUAUCUUUACACCAUGUUAGAGGGCACCGACCCCAACCAGGGAAGGUUAAAGUUCACAGUAGUCAGUGAGCCGAUGGACGACGAUGAGGAGUGUGUGGACGUCGGACACGCCUUCCUGGACCUGCAGGAGCUGCUCCUCACUGGAAAUGAUGUCAGCGAGCAACAAAUUGACGUUGUGAGUGUGGAUGAAGACAAGGAGGUGAUUGGAAAUCUGAAAGUGUCUCUGGAAGCAGCCAAAGCUCUGACUGGGAUCUACCAGGAGUUUCAACAGAAAAAAGAGAGCAAGAAAGAAGAUGAGAGUGAUGGAGAAGAGGAAGAAGAAGAAGAGGAGGAGAAGGAAAAAGAUGAACAAGAGGAAGAGAAGAAAAAAGAUGAGAUACCAGUGUUAGAUUAUGAUGAUGAUAGUGACUUUUGAAAGCAAUUAGUAUGAGAUGAACUGAGAGCUUGUUUUCUGUAUUAAGCAGUCUUGUUUAACUGU